AUGAUUGAGCAGCUGAACGAAUGUAACCGUACCCCUAAAACUACGGUAUUUUUUAAAAAUUUUGCGCAAGAAAUUUGAAUAUUUUCAAAUAUCCUCUGGAAAUUAGCAAAUUUUCAAAAAAUACCGUAAUUUUAGGGGUACGGUUACAUUCGUUCAGCUGUGCGCACUCCGUGGACAGAAAAAUCUGCGGUUUUUCCGGUUUUUCCGAGACUUUGGACGCGGCAUAAUGCAAUUACACUGUUGGACUUUGGGGACCGAGUGAAUGCUCAGAAUCCUACAAUAUCGGUACCAAAGGGGCACGCCAACUUGGACCGCAAGAUGUGGAAGAUUGUGGAGGAUCCGCCGCUCGUCUCCGGGGGUCCAACUACUCGUGUCUCGCCUCGUCUUCUCAAAAUUGAACCGACUGACCUAACAUUGAAAUGAAUGAUACUUUUCCACUUGAAUCGAAUGAAUUGAAAUGGAAUCGAGCGCGUUAAAUACUGUAUCAAGCUCAAAUUAUUCGAGUUCGCCGUCUUCAUCCUUCGAUCGCAUUCCAAACCGUUUGAAAAUCCACGUGUCCCGACAAAAAAGAAGGAAACCAGAGCAGAUCGUUAUCGGAAUGUCAACGUGGCGUCGAGCGGCGGGACCGUCGUCCAUUCCCGCCUCGUUCAGCGAAGGAAAGUCAAAGCAAAGAAGUCGUCGGCUUCCCCGAAAGCUCCGAAAAUGAUCAACAUUGAACCGCCGACGGCGAAUUUCCCCGCCUCCGGGGGCAACGCCACUCACAACAUCGUUUCCGAGACCGACUCGCGUCUCGCCUUCAAGGUAUCCUUUUUUUUUGGAGCUUUUUGGCGCCAAAAACGUUGCGCUUUUGCAGGUGAAAUCGUCGAACAACGAGCACUACCGCGUGCGUCCCGUCUACGGCUUUGUCGACGGCAAAGGCAAGGCGGCGCUCGAGAUCAACCGUCUGGCGGGACCGGCGAAGGAGGACAAGAUUGUGGUGCAGUACGCGGAGGUGCCGGCCGAGGAGACGGACCCGCAGGCGCCGUUUAAGGCCGGCGCCCAGCAGGGAGAGACCAUUCUCAAGCUCGUCGCCACUUGA